CCCUGCCCGGCACCCCCGCGCUGCCUGACGAGGCUCCGGCGGCGACGGCUUCGAGCGGCGACAGCGGCGGCGGCACCGGACCACAAUGAACGUGGAACAUGAAAUUGGCCUCUUAGUGGAGGAGAUUCGGCGGCUGGGAACCAAAAAUGCUGAUGGACAAGUGAGCGUGAAAUUUGGUGUGCUAUUUGCUGAUGAAAAGUGUGCCAACCUCUUUGAAGCCCUGGUGGGAACUCUUAAGGCUGCAAAACGACGGAAGAUUGUCACUUAUCAAGGAGAGCUACUUUUACAAGGUGUUCAUGACAACGUGGAUAUCAUGCUGCUGCAGAACUGAUGCAGUGUUUCAGCUAUGCAUUAAUGGAUUUGUUUGAAACAGUGACUUUCCACAUCCUCUGAAUAAGGCUGAUCAUUCUGUGGUGUUUUGAUGUAUUUUAUAUAUCUUUAUAGUCAAGAGAAAACUGUCCUAUUUUGGAAAACAUUCCCUUUUGUAAGUCUUCCUAAAAUGGUACUGUAUGUGAGUAAGGUGCCAGAUCUUUUUCUCCUUUUUUUUUUAUUAUUAUUUUUUUUU